AGUAGUGUUGGUCACUGGAACCCAGUUCCCCGUGAGGGUGGGGCAAUGCCACAGUGAUCUUUGUUAUUGAGCUCAGUUUGUAGGAGAAUCUGCACAUAUGACGAAGGUGGAAGUUAGAGAGCCCAACCAUGGGUGGUGCCAGAGUCAACGAGAGGUAGAGCCAACUAAUUCUAGUUCUGUUUCUGUCUGCGAUACUAAGAGCUACAAGUGUAACACAGAUACUAAGGAGGAGGCAGUGCCUGGGCUAGUUUAAAGUAAAAAAGAAGAUGUCUAAAGACAGGCUGAAGCUGGCAAAGGCAGUGCCCCACUCACCCUCAGGGAACAGUCUCCACUGCUGUGAAGUGUUGCUGCACAUUUGCAACUGUUUCUCUUCUUUGCAAAGGUUUUGCAGGACUCCGAAAGGUUGGCGAUCUCCAAAUGUUGAAGCUUUAAGCCAUGCAGUGGGGAAUCCAACUCAUCAGCUGAAGGGAAUGCUGGGAGGAUCAAUCUUGUUUCCUGCCAAUGUAUCUCAAGGAAUAACAGUGCAGAAAAUGGAAUGGGACUUCCGUCCACAAAGGCGUGACCUGGGCUAUUGGCUGGGGGAAUUCAGUCAUUGGAACCGAGACCAUCCAAGUCCCACUGGCCGGUUUGGACAACGGCUAGACAGGGUGAACGAGACAACACUGAGGCUCAAAGACCUGGAGUUGGAUGAUGGUGGAAUCUACAAUACUCGUAUCUGGUUUACUAAGACACAAUUUCAAGAACAUCGUUUCAAACUCACUGUUUAUGAGCCAGUGCCAACACCACAUAUAGACCACCAAGUGGAAUCCAAGACUCCAGGUGGAUGUAAUGUGACCUUGCGAUGCCACACACCUGGAAGGGAAGAUCUUAGUAUCUCCUGGGAAGCAGGGAAUCCACACAGGGCCUUAGGAAAGAGUGUGACUCAGUACCAGGUUUCUCACAAUGGCCGGGAGCUCCGUGUCUCCUUCUGGAACAGUUCUUUCGACUCCAACUUCACCUGCCUGGUCAGCAAUCCUAUUGAUCAAAACAGAGCCUCCUUUGACUUGCACAACAUCUGCCAGAGUGAUGAAGGUGGACAGUUUGGACCCUUAAGUUGGAGUACAUCGCUUAUCACUGCCCUCAUUGUUCUUCAGUGGAUAAUGGUGAUGUGGACGUUGAUGUACUGGAAGAGAAGAAAAGGAAGGAAUAGAAGAGGUAUUCAUGGUAGCCCCUCAGAAGAUGGUGAUGAUGAGGUUGACUCGGACUUCCCAAGCAGUUCCAAACUACCCAGGGAAUCUUUUCCUUCUCUCAGUUCUUAUGCAGUCUCAGAAACAGAGCCCUCAGAAAUUCCACACUGCAUCCCACAGAAUAUCAGGGACAUCUCCUGGAGCCACUGCCAAGGAAUUCAUUGAAGGUUCCUCAGGGGAAAGACCCAUUGCUAAUCUCUCAAUGUUGCCAGUUGAGCCGGAGCUACAGCCUACCCAGCAUCUCUAAACACUCGUCCCAAAAGUCCUGUGACCAGGACAGAGAGCAAAAUACCAAGACUUAUCCAGUGACUACGGCUGGUCUCUCCUUGAGGGCAAGGAGUCCCAGAACUGCCUUCAUCACCAGCACCAGCAAGAGUGUCUAAGGCACUCCUCUUCAGCCUCCCUGUUGAUGGAAACAGCACAGGAAAGACUGGGUGAGUGAAGAUAUACACCAGGAACAGGGGAGGCGGAGAGAUAAAAAUCUGCAAUGGAUCAAGGAAUGCAUAAAGAUCUACAGCAGCCAGAGUAUAUAAGGCGCUCCUCUUGAGCCUUCCUGUUGCUGGAAACAGGACAGGUCUCUGGCUCCUGGAACCCAGGCACCUUGCCUUCCCUUGCCUCUCUUUUCCUAUUUUUCUGGGAUGUUUCAGGAACAAGGGGCGAGAGAGAUAUAAAAAUCUGCAUUGGGAACAAGGUAGGCAUAAGGAUCAGGAAGAAGCAUGAGAGCAGCACCUCCUAUUUGCCAAGAGGUCCCUGCAGAGGCCGCAUUGCAAGGGCCUGCCAGGGAAACAGAAGAGCUGGCCUCUAAGGAGUCUUCCACAGCCAUUGGUGCCAAGGUGGCUGCAGCAGAGGGCAAUGCAUUGCUGGGAGGCUGGAUCUGCCCCCCAUGGAUCCUGCCAUCUGAAGGGGUUGCAUCACCUUACUUCAUGGAUGGGCCAGCCCUGGGAGUGGGGCCUGUUGUGAGGGAGUGACAGACCACGAAACACAUACUGUGCAAGUUCGCCAUCUAUGACCAACCAGGUGUUGCAAUCUUUACCACCAGGCAAUGACCUGAGGCAGAGCUACUGAAAGCGCAGAGGAACAUCAACAGGAAAUUGCGUCAGAGUGUAACAGUAAGUAAGAGAGAAGUAAGCAGAGUUUACUGGAAAUAGUGAUGGAAGGGAGCAUUAGGGUGUGUUUUUCGGCUGAUGACAAGGGGUCCAUGGCUGGUGGGUUUUUUUAAGGGAGCGACGGGCCU